UGCAAGUGUGAUUUGUGGUGUGUAUCGCAUUCCGAAUGAAGUCAAUCUGCAAACAGCGAUGGAUUACAAUUGCAGUGGUAACUGCAACAUUUGUGUUAGCUACUUCAUAUUCAGAAUCACCACCGUUAUUAGCGGUGCCGCCAUACCCAUUCACCUCCAUCUUCAGUUUCGGCGAUUCUCUUGCUGACACCGGCAAUUUCUAUUUUGACAGCCCUUCUCAUCGCUGCUUCCAACCACCCUACGGUGAAACGUUCUUCCACCAUGUCUCUGGACGCUGCUCCGAUGGCCGCCUCAUCAUCGAUUUCAUCGCAGAGGCAUUGGGACUUCCAUUGGUGAAAGCUUAUAAGGAAAAGAAGAAUGCGGAGGGAGGAACCAAUUUUGCUGUGAUUGGAGCCACGGCUUUAGAGCCGAGCUUUUUCGAACAGAGGGGCAUUUCUCUUCCAACCAAUCAUUCUCUGACAGAUCAAUUGAAUUGGUUCAAGGAACUGCUUCCUUCUCUCUGCAAUUAUUCCACAGAUUGUCGUGAAGUUUUGGGAAACUCAUUAUUUCUUGUGGGAGAAAUAGGAGGAAAUGAUCUAAGUUAUCUUUUAUUUCAACAAAAGAGCAUAGCAGAUGUUAAAACGUAUGUUCCAUAUGUGAUCAAUGCAAUAGCUUCAGCUAUCCAUGAGUUAAUUGGUGUAGGGGCUCGCACACUAAUUGUUCCAGGAAAUUUACCACGUGGAUGUAGUGUAAUACAUUUAACAAUUUAUGAGACCUUAGAUAAGACGCAAUAUGACCAAAGUGGGUGUUUGAAGUGGUUAAAUGAGUUUGCUGAAUAUUACAAUCAUGAGCUCCAAAGUGAAUUAGACAAGCUUCGAACACAUCAUCCUCAUGUCAAUAUCAUCUAUGGUGAUUAUUACAAUGCUGCAUUGCCUUUAUAUAGUGACCCCAAAAAGUUUGGAUUUAUUGGUCUUAAAGCUUGUUGUGGAAAGGGGGGUCCAUACAAUUUCAAUGAAUUAGUAAAAUGUGGUGAUCCAAGUGUGAAUGUUUGUGAUGAUCCUUCUAAGUAUAUUGCAUGGGAUGGAAUUCAUUUAACUGAAGCUGCAUAUAAAUUAAUUGCUCAAAACUUUAUAAAAGGACAACAUUCACAACCUCAAUUUAGUUCGUUGUGUUUGCCUAAUGAAAAUUUUGGUUAUUUUAAUGGCUGAAUUAUUUUUUUCUUUUGUUUUAAAGAGUGUGAGACAAGUUCAAAUGUAGCUCCCAUAAUAU